CAGUGAUAUUGAACACGGCAACAAAACAGUAUGUCUUGUCAUGCCGCAGUCCCAGAUUAUCUCCCACUUAUCAGGUGCAUUUUAUUAAGAAGGCUGAGUAAGUGGGCUGGCUGGGUUGGUCCAGCUACCUCAGCAGGUGGGACGGGCUACAGAGUCACUCUUGAUCUGCCAGCCUGUUACCUAGACCUGCACAGAAAUCCCAGCACAGAGUACAGAGGCAGAAGAUGGGUUUUCUAACAACUAAAAUUAUGCAGAGGACUGCAGUCUUUGUGACGUUUGGGGGUUUGGUCACUUCUCUGAUUACCACUUUCCUUCCACUGUGGAAGACGAUGAACUCUGACUUGAACGAGAUGGAGAACUGGUUCUCUGGACUGUGGCACACCUGCCUCUACACUGAGGAGGUAGGGAUUCAGUGUAAGGCCUACGAGUCCAUCCUGGGACUGCCAAUGGACUUGCAGAUCUCCAGGGUGCUCAUGUCAGUGUCUAUAGGCACUGGAGGUUUAGCUCUGCUGGCUGCCUUUCCAGGACUGGAGGGGGUCGAGACGUGUUCAGGGAAGCCUGGCCUGAAGAGACGGUUCCUCAUCGUCGGUGGGGUGCUGUCCUGGGUUUCAGGACUAACCACUCUGGCUCCUGUCUCCUUUGUGGCCUACACAACUGUGGUGGACUUCUGGGAUGAGGGUUUUCCUGAUGUGAUGCCGCGCUGGGAGUAUGGAGAGGCGAUGUUCUCUGGAUGGUUUGGAGGUUUGGCUCUGGUUGUCGGAGGGACUCUCUUCUUUAUAGCCGUGUGCAUGGGGGACUUUGACCAGAGGCCACCAAGUGUGCCAAACAGCCCACAGGUGACGCACAGGACAAAGCACUACAUGAAGACCGAGGUGUUAUAGAGUUCUUAUUGUCAAACUUGUCAUUCACACACUAAAAAGACUUGUGGAUUGAGUGGUGAGAUCUUGACAUUACUUGUGAGUGUGACUCAGUUUGUGUGACAAGAACAAUUCUGACUCAUGUAACAUGAAAGCUGUAUGGCUAUUUGUGUUUUGUUAAUUAAGUAAAAUUGUUAUUGAAAGUUUCAAACACCUUUCUGUAUUCUCCAUUUCUGGUUAAUAAAAAGAUUGCCCACA